UCACCAGGAGGCUGCAGUUACUCCUGGGGAAGGGUGGAAUGCUGGCAAGCCCAGGGAAGGGGGAAGUCAGAUGAGUAGGAAGAAGCCCAGGGAAGCAACAGCAGCAGCAGAAAGGGGUCAGACUGUUCAGAAAAGGGGCUGCUUGUUAUAGGAUCCCUAGACUGGAACCCAGUGUAGAGAGCAGGCCUGGGUCCCCUUACCAGCCACUUCUCAGUGGCAAAAGUGUUGGAGACACCAGGCAGACAGCAGGUCUGGGAGGACUUAGGUUUCCCCUUCCAGGAAAUUCAUAGUGACCUGGCUGGAAGGCCACGCCACGAAGAGGAGACUGCAGCUCCUAGGGUGAACGGGGCCACAGAGUAAGACAGCACUGGGGGAAGACACCCCCAGGGGGAGCACACAAGCCUGGUGGAGCCAAUUCCCAGGAUGGCCAGCGAGAGGCACUGCUAUUGUUGGAACAGUCUCCUGGUCACAGUUUCCUGAAGAGAAGAGACACAGGUGUUUGAAACCCAGCGGGGCCAGCAGGCUGAUAAGCAAUUGGAAUACACAGGAGUACUGUACCCAGGUCCAAGAGUGGAAGAACUGUGAGACUCUACUCUGAGACAAAUAUAACUUCUGUGACAUUCUGUAGCGAACAAAGACUGAGGCUAAAAGAAGACAAGUUGCUGCUUUUGUACAACACAUCUGUUUCUGUGUGUCGCCCUUUAAGCCUGAUUCUACUCUGAAAAGUGACUCUGUUUUAAAACAAAAAAAGCCCUGUGCCGUUCCAAGUCUAUUGGAUCUCAGUGGUUUCCAUAUGAUAUCUGCUCAGUUUCUAUAAGUAAGGUAAAAAGAUGCUGAAGACAAUUACAGAAGCAAUGACCUUCUUUCUCCAUCCAUCAGGUUUCUGAUCCUGGGGGACUCAAAAGGGCACAAAUGAAUACCAGACAUCAGUCCAGUUCCUAGGUCAACUCAAAUUGUUGCUUUGUUUCGGGUCUGCAACAGCACCAAACAGGCUGUUCCUGCAGACCAGGCUGCCGGGAGCACAUCAGCAUUCCAGCCACACCACCUUCACCCUAGAAGUCCAGCUCCUGCUCUCUAUCUUAAUGGCUGAGUUUGCUGAGUGGCUGGGUCUGAUGCACUACAUGGAAGUUCUGAUGAUGAUCACAAGUAUUGAGUACACUGCACCAAUAUCAGAUGAAAAUGUGACCGUCACUGACACAAAAUUUAACAAUGUUCCAGCCCGUUUGUACAUACCCAGGAAGCAAUCCAGUGGGCUGAAAAGGGCAAUGAUUUACAUUCAUGGUGGAGGCUGGUGUGUAGGAGGCUCAGCCAUGGAACCCUAUGACCUCCUGUCAAGAUGGACUGCAAACAAGCUAAAUGCUGUUGUCGUAUCAGUCGAGUACAGAUUAGCUCCGAUGUAUCAUUUUCCAGUUCAGUUUGAAGAUGUGUACACUGUAGUGAAGUUCUUCCUACAAAACAGUGUUCUUGCGCAAUAUGGGGUGGACCCAAAUCGGAUCUGUAUUUCAGGAGAUAGUGCAGGAGGUAACUUAGCUGCAGCAGUGGCACAGCAGCUGCUAGAUGACCUUGAAGUUAAAGUUAAACUUAAGAUCCAAGCUUUACUUUAUCCUGCUCUUCAGACCCUUGAUCUGGAUUUGCCCUCCUAUAAAGAUAAUGAGAACAAGCCAAUUCUGCCCAAGUCAUUGAUGGUCAGAUUCUGGAGUGAAUACUUUACUACUGACGUCUCUCUUCAAGAAGCUCUGGCUUCCAAUAGACAUGUCCCUGCAGAAUCAAGCCAUUUGUUUAGGUUUGUAAACUGGAGCAAUUUACUGCCUGAAAAGUUUAAAAAGGAUCAUGUUUAUGCCAGCCCCAUUUAUGGAAGUUCCAUGCUUGGAAAAAAAUAUCCAGGAUUUCUGGAUCCAAGAGCAGCACCACUCUUGGUUGAUGAUACCAAGUUACUUGGCUUACCUGUGACAUAUGUCCUCACGUGUCAACAUGAUGUCUUGAGGGAUGAUGGAAUCAUGUAUGUCUCACGACUUAGGGAAGUAGGAAUUGAAGUAAUACAUGACCACAUUGAGGAUGCAAUUCAUGGGGUUCUAAUGUUUAUUACAAGUCCAACUGAUUUAGCUCUAGGACAUAGAGUAGCAAAUAAAUAUAUUGAGUGGUUAAAUGUAAACUUAUAAAGUGAAAAGGGAUAUUUAAUGUAUUUGGCUCUUAUUCACUGGGUCUGGGUGAAACACUAUAUUUGGAGAGAAAAGGAUCCCUGCUGAAAAUUGUGGAAGUGAAAUGCCAUACUGAAACUAUACAUUUCUCUACAAUGUUUGGGUUCAGGUUGGCUUCUUGCCUACUCUGGCAGGUGACUUAGGCUGUCUCUAAUCUAAGUGCUCUUUCAUCACUGGGAUACAAAAUCCAAGUACAAUCGCCCUUACUACCAUCAGUUACUAGCCUUGAAUUUCUCUACACAAGAAUACAACUUCCCCUGCAGCAGAUCCUUUUACACCUCAUUACCCCUACCCACUCUGCCCACUUCCUUCCUCUGUUUAUUCUGUGGGUCCUGCUGCUGACCUAUCACAGCAAAUCACACUUCCCAAAGAGUCUUUAUCUUUCAGGACUUCUCUAUUACAAUCCAUGCCUCAUAAGCCUGUAUGUGUGCUGAUCCAUCUUAGUGUCCUUCUCCCCACCCUUGAAUGGAUAUCAGUGGGAUCACUUAACCAUAAAAUGUUUGAGGUAGCCCAUUUAAUAUCAUCAGUGGUGGUCAGUUCCCAUAGUCAUCAGUGAGAAAGGAGUCUGGAGUACAAGGGAGGGUGGAGAUGAAGGGCAGGUAGGGUGACCAGAUGAGAGGGAGAAAAUAUCAGGACACGUGUGUGGGGGAUCAGGACACAUGGGGGGGGCCCGCCGGCAGAGUAGCAAGGGGGAGGGGGAAAAGCCGAGUGCUGCCGGCGGAGCAGCAAAAAAAAAGAAAGAAAGAAAGGAAAAAGUCGAGUGCUGCCGGUGGAGCUGCAAAAAAUAAACAAACAAAUAAAUAAAAAGGGUGAGUGCUGCCGGCGGAACGAAAUAUCGCGUCCUGACCAAAGAUCAGUCGGGACGUAGGACAAACACCUAAAUAUCAGGACGGUCCCGAUUUUAUCGGGAUGUCUGGUCACCCUAAGGGAAGGUCAGGGACCAAAUUCCAUGGCUGAGGUAAGCAGGGCCACUGAGAGUGGGUUCGGGCCCCGGUGAAAAUUUUUUUCAGGCCCCCCCAGUAAGGGUGGACUGGCUAAACAGGGCUGGGGAAGCCGGGCCCCGGGCCCCCUUCCAGACCGCCGGGCCCUGGUAAUUUGUACCGGCUUCCUCCCCCUCUCGUCAGCCCUGGAGGUAAGGACAAUUUUGUGUAAGCCUGAGAAGCCUUUGUGGCUGGCACUUGUGUGGGUAUGUUUCUCUUCUUGGCAGAAUGCAAGGAAGCAGUUGAAAACAUAACUGAAUUUGAAUGGCUGUGAAUAUGACAGCUCUUAUAAAUAUGUAAUUAGGAUUUGGUGCCAUUAUUAGACUUUGUCUAAUCACAUUCGUUAACUUUUUUGUUUACUGCAAAAAACAAAGUGUAAUUUAACAACAUUGGAUACUGUAACAUCAAAACAAAUAAAACGCUGAAGAUUACAACCUUGCAAUAA